ACCCCUUGGAUCAAUUAUGGCUUCAGAUGAAGACAAUGAUUCAGGUUACUACUUCCUUCAUCAUGAUGUGUGGUACCGUUCAGUUGGUAAGUUCAUUGCCUUAUUCGUUUUGGUUGUAAUUGUCAUCUUAAUCUAUUUCUAUGCCUGGAGGUCUUACAGACGCCACACAAGAGAAGCUGCUCACCCAUCCAUUAAUGGAGUCUCAACACCCUCACAAGUGGUGCACUCUCACAACCCACAUCCACCGGUCAUCGCUUCACUACCUACCUUCGUCUACAAACCAGCCCACCACCUCCAAAGCAGCACUGACACAGUAGAAUGUGCGGUUUGUUUGAACAACUUAGAAGAAGGAGACAUGGCCAGGCUUAUACCUACCUGUAAGCAUAUAUUCCACUUGCAAUGCAUCAAUAUGUGGCUGAGCUCUCACUCCACAUGCCCUGUAUGCCGUUCUGCUGCACAACCCACAAGCACUGCUAGGCAUCAUGAGAUGAGCAUAUGGGUACCUUCUAUGGGUUCACAAUUUGAUUCAUUUAGCCCUGCAACAACAGCAAGUUUAGAGAGUACAUCUAAUGAUGCUUCUAUUGGGGUUCCACGCCAAAGCAAUAUUAUCCAAAUUCCCACAUCGGAUGUGAAUAUAGCUCGAUAUGAAGUCUUAUAA